AUGAGACCUAAACCCAAAACAAAUUUUAAUGAAUUGUUUGGUUUUAAAUAUGAUCCAUUGACAGAAACAUCAAUAUCUGGUGUUUCACCAGAAGGUGUUGAUUUACUUGAUCAGCUUCUAUCUUUUGAUCCUCGUCAACGUCCAACUGUUGAACAAGCCUUAAGCCAUCCGUUUUUGGAAUUUUAUCAUGAUCCAAAUGAUGAGCCAACUAUAGAACCUUUGAUUGAUGAACACGAAGACGCAGUAUGUAGUAAAGAACAAUGGAAAGCUACUAUAUGGCGAAUGAUUGAAGGGUUUAUACCACCAUCUUGGAUCAAUAAUGAUACAACGGAUAAUUCAUAA